AUGAUGGACGCACCAUGGUGGAAGGACGCUGUCGUCUACCAAAUCUACCCUGCCAGUUUCAAGGACAGCAACAAUGAUGGCUUGGGCGAUAUCCAAGGCAUCAUCUCCAAGCUCGACUAUCUCCAAGCUCUCGGAGUCAACACCAUGUGGGUGUGCCCGAUGUAUGCUUCACCUCAGAUCGACAUGGGCUACGACAUCAGCGACUACAAGGAUGUGUAUCCUCCUUACGGCACCGUUGCCGACAUGGAAGAUCUCCUCCAUCAAGCCCACUCUCGCGGCAUGAAGGUCCUCUUGGACCUGGUCAUCAAUCACACAAGUGAUCAACAUGCUUGGUUCAAGGAGUCCAGAUCCAGCAAGACCGAUCCCAAGCGUGACUGGUACAUCUGGAAGCCUGCAAAGAUCGACAAGCACGGCAAUCGUCAAGCACCCAACAACUGGCGUGCAAACUUCGGUGGUAGCGUCUGGGAGUGGGAUGAGCUCACUCAAGAGUACUACCUUCAUCUCUUCGCCACCGAACAACCCGACCUCAACUGGGAAAACGACGCCACUAGACAAGCCGUCUACAAGGACGCAAUGAUCUUUUGGCUCGAUAAAGGUGUUGAUGGCUUCAGAAUCGACACGGUCAAUAUGUACAGCAAGCCUUCUCACUAUCCGGAUGCUGAGAUCACAGACUCGGAUGCCUUCUUGCAAGAAGCUGCCCUAGUCUACGUGAACGGUCCGCGCAUGGACGAGUAUCUUAUGGAGAUGAACGAGAUCUUGAAACGCUACAACGCCGUCAGCAUCGGAGAGUGCCCGCAGACACCUGACAUGGAGAGAGUGCGAAGAUAUGUCAGUGCGCAGGAGAAGCAACUGGACAUGGUCUUCCAAUUCGACAUCAGCGAUGUCGGCAUUGACAAAGUCCACAAGUUCCGAAGCAAACCCCACAACCACAAGCUCACCGACAUGAAGUCUGCCAUCGCCCGCACUCAGAGUCUCAUCUCACCCACCUCGGACAGCUGGACAACCGCUUUCAUGGAGAACCAUGACCAAGGACGCAGUAUCUCUCGCUUCGGCAACGACACCACUCCUGAACUCUCUAUCCGAUCUGGUAAGAUGUUGGCUUUGUUCAACACAUGCCUCAGUGGCACACUGUUCAUCUACCAAGGACAAGAGCUGGGCUGCGUCAACUUGCCCAUGAGCUACCCCAUCGAAGACUAUCAGGAUCUGGACAGUCUGAACUACUACAACUUGGUCAAGGAGCGCAGCCAUGGCGACAAGGAGCAGCUGGCCAAGGCCAUGUCGGCCAUACAGUACUUGGCUCGCGAUCACGCCAGAACUCCCAUGCAGUGGGAGCCUACCCUGCCCCACGGUGGCUUCACCGGAGAGGGAGUCAAGCCUUGGAUGAAGCUCAAUCCUUUCACCACGACCAUCAACGCCGAGCAGCAGAUUGAUGAUCCUCACUCAGUCAUGAGUUUCUGGAAGAAGAUAUUGCAGCUGCGCCAGAAGCACAAGGAGUUGUUCGUGCAUGGAGUGUUCGAGCUCGUCGAUGUGGACAACGAGAACGUCUUCUCCUUCCUCAAGCACUCGAAGAACGAGAAGGCACUGGUUGUCUGCAACUUCUCGGAUGGCGAGAGCAAGCUUCCAUUCUUCGGCUCUGGAGACUUGUUGAUAAGCAAUGUCGAUGACUCAAAGGAAGACACGCUGGAGGCUUGGGAAGGUCGCGUCUACCUUUUCAAUUAA